UCGCAUCACGUGUUGACACGUGAUUGGCGGAGACAGGUAUCACUGCGCUCUGUUGCACCGAGUUCAGACUUUCUCUCCCCCUCCCUCCCUCUCCGACACAGAUGACCGAAGACGCCGUCGAAUGAUACUCCAGAAUCCCUCACCGCAAUGGCUACACCGUUACUGGCUGGGUUAGCAGUAGCUGCUGCCGCACUUGCUGGUAGAUAUGGAAUCCAGGCUUGGCAGUCAUUGAAGAUGAAGCCGCCUAGACCACGUAAAUUUUACGAAGGUGGUUUCCAAUCCAAGAUGACUAGAAGGGAAGCUGCUCUUAUUCUCGGUUUAAGGGAGAGCGCAACUCCCGCUAAGGUCAAGGAAGCCCACAGAAAAGUAAUGGUCGCGAAUCACCCAGAUGCCGGCGGCAGUCAUUAUCUCGCUUCUAAGAUCAACGAAGCCAAGGAUGUCAUGCUAGGGAAGACGAAGGGCAGCGGAUCUGCAUUCUGAUGCAAUGUCUUCUGGGUUGCUCCGAUUUGAAGGGGAGGCUCGCUUUGUGCGAAUGAGCACACUUCCUCAUUGAAUUUUCGACUGAUUAGUUGCAUCUUUCUAUAUCAUCUGUUGAAAAAGCUAACGACCCGAAGCACCGCACGCAUUGGACGGGCAGCUCAGCCGGAUGAAAUCGGCGUCACCACAGAACAUCAGCAUCUGAUUACUUGCCGAGGCUCGUUGAGACUCAUUAGCUUUGUCUUUUAGUAAUUAUACCGAGUUGAGGACUUGUGCUUUUGGUGAACCCGUGAUGGUACGGAGUCAUUCUUGUUUUUUGGGUAGCAUUAUCUCAAUUCGUCAAUGACAAAUGAUGCAGAUGAAACGACAGGGGCGAGAUAAAGUUGGGCCCUUUCCGAAAA